CUGAAAUAUUCUCAUAAAUCCAGUGAUGCUGACGAUGUAAAAGUAGCCUCAAAGCAAUGCUAUAAGGUUUUCACGUUCAUUUUCUCACUUAAGGCGAUUUCGAGUGCUGUGCGUAAGGCGGGUUUGGCUAAUCUUUAUGGUAUCGCAGGCAAUACUAAUGUACAAGGAGAGGAGGUCAAAAAGCUAGACGUUCUUAGCAAUGAGCUGAUGAUCAACAUGAUUUCCUCAUCGUACACGUGUGCUGGAAUGGUUUCAGAGGAGAACGAUGACGUAAUCCAAGUUGAUAAGAUGAGAGUCGGAAAGUAUAUUGUAUGUUUCGAUCCGCUCGAUGGAUCCUCGAAUAUCGAUUGCUUGGUUUCCAUAGGUUCGAUUUUCGGUAUCUGGCGGAAACCCAGCGAUGACUCGGUUCCUGCGAAAAAGGACGAUUUCAUGCAGCCGGGCAGCGCUAUGGUGGCAGCUGGUUACUGCCUUUAUGGUUCGGCAACCAUGGUCGUAUUGACCACGGGAAAUGGUGUGAAUGGAUUCAUGCUUGAUCCGAGCAUUGGCGAGUUCAUCCUCACUCAUCCUCUUAUGCGAAUGCCCGAAAAAGGGAAGAUCUACAGCAUCAAUGAAGGAUACGCAAAACAUUGGUCCAAGGGACUCGCUAAAUAUAUCCAUGAGAGGAAGUUCCCACCUGCUGGCAAGAAGUCAAUGGCACAGCGCUAUGUCGGAUCAAUGGUGGCUGAUAUCCAUCGCACAAUCCUAAAUGGAGGGAUAUUUCUCUAUCCGCCAACGAAAGAUGCUCCGAAUGGAAAGCUUCGCCUUCUCUACGAGUGCGCUCCAAUAGCCUUCAUCAUCGAGCAAGCUGGAGGUCUCGCUACCACGGGCAAGCGUAACCUUCUCGACGUUGUUCCGGAAGAUAUCCAUCAGCGAACCCCUUUCUAUGUGGGUAGCAAACACGAUGUUGAAGAGCUGCUCACUUAUCUUGAUAGCGAGUAA